AUGAUUUACGCUCGUUGGCUUGAAAAACCAGAUUUCACAGAUGCAGAUGUGGCAACCGUUCUUGCUCACGAGGUUGGACAUGGAUUGGCUCGCCAUUCCUCUGAAUCUUUGUCGAGGUCAAUUGUGCUUGGACUUCUUGGAGGUAUAAUCAUUAGUAAAGCUGACCCCGUUAACAAAGUACAUGUUAUCAAGGGAGUUCUCGCUAUUAUAGAUAUCAUCAACGCCUUCUUUUCCAGGAGGAGGGAAGUGGAAGCUGACCGGAUAGGAAUGAUGUUGAUGGCCGCGGCUGGCUAUGACCCCCGUCGUGUAUGCCGGAGUUUUGCCAGAAAUAUCUCGAUUCCAAGAGCAAUUACAGGUCAACCCACCCUUCUGGAAAGGAAAGAGCUAAGAAGCUGA